UAUCUCCUCUACCUGUUCACUGUGUUUGCCAACUAGCUCUGCUAUUUCCAUUAAGCAAAGGCAAGAGGUAGCACUUUGCCACAGUGGAGAUUCUCAUCAGGUCAACAAUUGCCAUAUUCGUUGGCCCCUCACACACUUGGAGUUUAUUUGAAAACAAAAUAAAGAGGUGGCAGUCUUGAACUCACUUAGAACCCACUUGAAUUUUUCAGUCGCCCUAGUCGUUUGUUGUGGUAGGUUUUUGUUUGUUUUCAACAUACUGGGCAUUGGCCCAGAGCCUCAUGCAUGCUGGUCAAGCACUCUAUCACUGAAUUACAUCCCCAACCCUUUUUAUUUGAUAGAGACAGGAUUUUGCUAUAUUUCCCAGGCUGGCUUCAAAUUUGAGAUCCUCCUGUGUCAGCCUCCCAAGUAACUGGGAUUACAGAUGUGUUCCACCACACACACCCCAGUCCUUUUUCUGUUUAUGUCAACUUAUGGCACGUGAUGUAAAUAGCUAGGCAUAAGGCCUGCAAAACUACAAAAACCCUGAUAUUCUCAGAGCAAAAGGAAGAGCAUAAAAGGAAAUCAUUUUCACUAAAGAGGCCUGCCAGCCUUUCUUUAUCAUGGAUUGAGCUUGCUAAUAUUUGGUUUUGUUUUGUUUUGUUUUGUCUUUGGGGUUUGUUGUUUGUUUCUGUGUGUGUACCUGCUAAUUGAACCACAGCCUAUGAGACCUAGCUCAUCUUUCUCAAGAUCGAGGGAGGUUACAGGGGAGGCAGAAUUGGAGGUAAAGGACAAUGGCUCCUAAGCUGUCUUCAGUGCCAUCUCCUCUGAGUUUCAGACCAAAUUCAUAAAUAUAGUUCAUACACAGAAGCCACAGCUGAAUGUUCUGCAGGAAAAUCAACAUGUUCAACUUUUCUAUUUCUCCCCCAAUUUUACACACCUUCACAUUCUCUCACUUGUACACAGGGAUCUCCCUGAUUUGGUUCCUCAUUAUUCUAGCUCCUGUAACUAGUAAUUAGCCACCUAGUUACAUAGCCUAGGAAAGCUUUCUUCUGUCUGUCGUCAUCACAAUAGAUACACAGUUUCUGAGUUCUGUACAGAUCUUUGUUUCAGAUUCAUUCCCAUAUCUUCAUUGUCUCUGCUACCACAUAGCUCAGGCCUUUAUACUGGAUUCAUGAGGUAAUGGUCUCCUGAUAUCCUUACUACUACUGUUUUCCUGUUACCUAGUCCAUUUUGUAAGCUCAAAUAUGAUCAUUAUAGUAUUUAACAUACAACAGUUUGUCAGUUAUUUCCAGCCUAAAAUGCUGUAGAUGUUGCCUAUAUUUUAAAGUUAAAAUUUCUUAACAUGACAUUAGACUCAUGGGAUCUAGUCCCAUUUUACCUUUCUGAUCUUAUCUACUACUACUCUUCACCUAGGCAUAAUGUGCUUCUGUCAUUGCUCUGUUGACCAUUCCUAAAUUUGCUCUCACCCUGGUUCAUGUAUUAUACUUUUUCCUCUAAAAUCUUGCUUUCCUGACAAUCUUAGUCACCUCUUAAUGCCUAAUUAAAAGGUCAACUCCCCCAGACCGUACUCCCCAAUCCAUUUUUCAGUACUUUGCUCCUAAUGCUUUUAUCACAUGCCAUAGGGUUCAAGUGUCUUCCUUAUUCAGACUAUAUUCUCAUAUACAGAGUUCCCAAUUGUACCUCAGGGUGCAGCACCAUGUCUGAUGUAUUGUUACUAAACAUGGGACUAGUGAAAGAAGUAGAAAGCAGCAGAGGAUGGUGGGCAGAUUAUUUUGUUCCCCCUGACCAUUUCAAGAAAUUCGUGACCUAUUGUGCUAGAACUACUAAAGCUGGAAAUGUAAAGACUAAUUAGGUGGGAUGAGAUAAUAUAGUGUAGUAAGAAUCGUGACUUUAGAGCUGCAUUUAUGUCUGUGGACCCUGGAAAGAAACUUCUGAUCUUUGCCUUACUCAUGUGCCCUAGGGAUAACAGUGCCAACCCCAUAAGGAAACUGCAAUGAUUUAACAAGUUAACAAAUUCACUAAAUGACGAUGCUUUGCUGCCUAGUAAAUAGUCACUGAUUAGAACAGAUUAAUAAAAACUUCCACGCAUCUUUUCCAACACUAAAAAGGCAUGCGUCCCUCUAAAAUUGUUUCCUACAGAAAAAGAUAAUAUUAAAUUUUGUCGAGGGGGAGCCCUACCCAAAUUCCUUCCACAUUACUUCCAAUAAUAUCCCCAUCCAUUCGCGAAACUAUUAAAAUCGCAGAAAACUCAAGGGGAAGACCAUCCUUAAUUAUUUGUCUAUGUCUUAAUACUAAGGGAAGCCUGGUGACCAGGUAGGUAUACGGAGUAAAGGUUUUGACAAUGGUCACAGCAGGUGCUCCUGUCACAAAGCCAGGCUGACACAAACUCGGGCUGGGCAAUGAAUGAGGGCGCUUGCGCAGCAGGAUAUCGCGCCCUGGAAGCGGACGCCUGCGCAGAGGGGGUGAUCCUGCGCUCGCGCCCCGCCUCUGCCGAGCCGCGCCAGCGCAGUCAAGAGCCAGCGAGCAGAGACAGCGCCUGCGUGGUCGUGGCCGGGGAGGCUGUGACGGUAGCGGCGAUGGAGCCAGCGGAGCCGCCGAACGAGUUAGUGUCAGCCGAGGGCCGAAACCGGAAGGCGGUGCUGUGCCAGCGUUGUGGCUCUCGCGUGCUGCAGCCAGGGACCGCUCUCUUCUCCCGUCGACAGGGUCUUGCUAACUUGCCUAGGCUGGCCUUGAACUUGGGACCCUCUUGCCUCAACCUUCCAAAUCGCUGGGAUUACAGCUUUUCCUUCCCUCCAUGAGAAAGAAGCCAGCUCUGGCCGAUGGCAGCAAUCCUGAAGGCGACCUCCUCCAGGAGCACUGGCUGGUUGAUGACAUGUUCAUCUUUGAGAAUGUGGGCUUCACCAAGGACGUGGGCAA